AGGCGGCUUCCGGCGGCGUGACCUGGGCGCGCUGGGCUGGCGGGUUGCCGCAUCAGGAAGGGUCUGCGCUGGCUACCGGGACUGUAUUAGGAAUCUUGGAAGCACUGCCAACAUGUCUGAUGUUCAAGAAGCCACUAACCAACUUCUGAAUGUGAACCUUCAUGGGAACCAGAGGUCUAUACAAGUGACAGAAAGUGCUCCCAGAAGUGAGUCUGAGCACCUCCAAGUCACUAUUGGAGCCACUGUACCUACCGGUUUUGAGCAAACAGCUGCAGAUGAAGUGAGAGAGAAAUUGGGGUCAUCGUGCAAAAUCAGCAAAGACCGGGGCAAGAUAUAUUUUGACAUUUCAGUGGAAAGUCUGGCUCAGGUUCAUUGUCUGAGAUCAGUUGAUAACUUAUUUGUGGUUGUUAAGGAGUUUAAAGAUUACCAGUUCAAAGAAACAAAGGAAGAAGUUUUAAAGGAUUUUGAAGAGUUGGCUGGGAAGCUUCCAUGGUCAGAACCUUUAAAAGUAUGGAAUGUUAACACCAGUUUCAAGAAAAAAAAAACAAAGCGCAAAAAGAUAAAUCAGAAUUCAAGUAAAGAGAAGAUUGAUAAUGGACAAGGAGAUAAAGCAGAUGAGAGGGAUGAUAAAAAAGGAUUCACCAACAAAACCUUAGAUUCCCGUAUUUUAGACUAUUACGAAAAUCCAGCCAUUAAAGAAGAGAUAUCAACAUUAGUAGGGGAUGAUUUGGCAUCUUGCAAAGAUGAGACUGAUGAAGGCUCAAAAGAAGAAACUCCUGAGGUGCUGAAGUUUAGAGUCACAUGCAACAGGGCAGGAGAAAAACACUGCUUUUCCUCAAAUGAGGCUGCAAGAGAUUUUGGGGGUGGUGUUCAAGAUUAUUUUAAGUGGAAGGCUGACAUGACCAACUUUGAUGUGGAGGUUCUUUUGAACAUCCAUGAUAAUGAAAUUGUUGUGGGCAUUGCAUUGACAGAAGAGAGUCUCCAUCGAAGAAAUAUCACACAUUUUGGACCUACAACUCUGAGAUCUACUCUUGCCUAUGGGAUGCUCAGGCUCUGUGCUCCUCAACCUACUGAUAUAAUAGUUGAUCCGAUGUGUGGAACAGGGGCAAUACCAAUAGAGGGGGCUACUGAAUGGUCUAACUGUUAUCAUAUUGCUGGUGAUAAUAAUCCGUUGGCUGUGAAUAGAGCAGCAAAUAACAUCUCAUCUUUAUUGACCAAGAGCCAAAUUAAAGAAGGCAAAGUGUCCUGGGGCUUGCCCAUAGAUGCUGUUCAGUGGGAUAUCUGCAAUCUGCCAUUGAGAACCGGUUCUGUGGACAUUAUUGUAACAGACAUGCCAUUUGGAAAAAGGAUGGGCUCCAAAAAGAGAAACUGGAACCUUUAUCCAGCUUGCCUACGGGAGAUGAGCCGCGUCUGUAGACCAGGGACAGGCCGAGCUGUGCUACUUACUCAGGACAAGAAAUGCUUUACCAAGGCAUUAUCCGGAAUGGGACAUGUUUGGCGGAAGGUGCAUACCGUCUGGGUGAACAUAGGGGGUCUUCAUGCAGCAGUUUAUCUUCUGAAACGUACACCUCAAGCUUUUGUUCAUCCUGUAGAACAAAAUGGCGAAAGAACUCCUUGGUGAUGCAAAGAAUAGAGAUGUUUUAUGGUUUUUUAAUAUGGUGACAGAACAGGAAAUGGGCUGAAGACUGAAGAACUGGGAUGGAGCUAUACAUGAUGCAAUCACCAAGUAGUUACGUGACCUUGAACCAGGCCUCCUGUACCAUGGGAAUGUGAAAAGGGAAGGGAAUCUGAACACAAAAUGACUUAAGUUAUGAACCAGACAUUCUGUUAUUGUAAGAGUCCAUAAACUUGAGGGAAACAAAAAAUAAAAGAUUUCAUAAGUUUAA